GUCAGUUAGGAGUGGUCUUUUAGAAGUUUCUGGAACUUUCACUUUACUCCAUCAGUUCAGACUCGUGCUGUGAGAUGGCAGCGUGUGUUUUCUCUUCGUUACUCACCGUACUGUGUGUGGGACUGUAUGAUAAAUAUACAUACGCAGGAGCAUGUACAGAUCCUAUUCUCUCUCCGGCGUCUCUGCUGGUGGAGUAUGGAAGCCCUGCUGAAGUGAACUGCUCCAUACCGAACACACCUGUGACGCAGUACAAGCUGGGCUGGGAGUCUAAAACCUCACAGCCUAUAACAGACAAUGAGACGAGUGUUGUGUGGAAGCUGGACAGACUGACGAAGUGGGAGGAAGCUGAAGGACUCGGAUGUUAUUUCACAGUCGGAGUUACUCAAUGUGUGAGCUAUGUAAAUCUCACCAUUUACAAGAGGCCAGACAGGGUUACACUGAACUCUGUGUCUGAUGUGGUGGCAGAGGGAGAUCAGACAGAGCUGAGGUGUGAGAUUGAGAACGUCGGACCUGGAGGUAACCUCAGUGUGCACUGGAGCAGAGCGGAUCCCAAGCAAGACAACACUUUCACACGAUUCACUCACACGUCCUUCCCAGACUUGGUAAAUGAGAUGCAGAGUGUUAACAAGACAGUGAAUCUAACCGUCACACCCAGCCGUGAGGACGCUGGAGUUCAGUAUCAGUGUGCAGCUGUGCUGAAUCUGGACCAACAUCUGCUCGUGUUCCCAUCACAACCAGUCACCAUCACUGUACACUCUGGCCAACCGCCACUCAUGUCUGUCUGGGGAGCAGUUGGUUUGUUAGCAAUCGCUACUAUGUUGUAAUCAACUUCGAGUGCUGGAUGUAUUUUUCCGACGUGCACACACGGUUGUGCUACAUCUCGAAGCACCUAAGGUCCUGCAGGAACAACCGCUAUGUGGACCAUAGUGCUAUAGACCAAAGACAACUGUAGAUACUGCUGAUGUUAACAUCUGUGUAGUUAACCCCAACUCUAAUGUAUCUAAUGUUAUCACUUCCUAAUGUGUAAUUAACCCCGACUCCAGUGUAGCUAAUGCUAACACUUCCUCCUGUGUAGUUAACACUGACACUUAUGUACAGUGAGGGAAAAAAGUAUUUGAUCCCCUGCUGAUUUUGUACGUUUGCCCACUGACAAAGAAAUGAUCAGUCUAUAAUUUUAAUGGUAGAUUUAUUUGAACAGUGAGGGACAGAAUAACAACAAGAAAAUCCAGAAAAACGCAUGUCAAAAAUUUUAUAAAUUGAUUUGCAUUUUAAUGAGGGAAAUAAGUAUUUGACCCCCUCUCAGUCAGAAAGAUUUCUGGCUCCCAGGUGUCUUUUAUACAGGUAACGAGCUGAGAUUAGGAGCACACUCUUAAAGGGAGUUCUCCUAAUCUCAGCUCGUUACCUGUAUAAAAGACACCUGUCCACAGAAGCAAUCAAUCAAUCAGAUUACAAACUCUCCACCAUGGCCAAGACCAAAGAGCUCUCCAAGGAUGUCAGGGACAAGAUUGUAGACCUACACAAGUCUGGAAUGGGCUACAAGACCAUUGCCAAGCAGCUUGGUGAGAAGGUGACAACAGUUGGUGCGAUUAUUCGCAAAUGGAAGAAGCACAAAAGAACUGUCGAUCUCCCUCGGCCUGGGGCUCCAUGCAAGAUCUCACCUCGUGGAGUUGCAGUGAUCAUGAGAACAGUGAGGAAUCAGCCCAGAACUACACGGGAGGAUCUUGUCAAUGAUCUCAAGGCAGCUGGGACCAUAGUCACCAAGAAAACAAUUGGUAACACACUACGCCGUGAAGGACUGAAAUCCUGCAGCGCGCGCAAGGUCCGCUGCUCAAGAAAGCACAUAUACAUGCCCGUCUGAAGUUUGCCACUGAACAUCUGAAUGAUUCAGAGGACAACUGGGUGAAAGUGUUGAGGUCAGAUGAGACCAAAAUGGAGCUCUUUGGCAUCAACUCAACUUGCCGUGUUUGGAGGAGGAGGAAUGCUGCCUAUGACCCCUGGAACACCAUCACCACCGUCAAACAUGGAGGUGGAAACAUUAUGCUUUGGGGGUGUUUUUCUGCUAAGGGGACAGGACAACUUCACCGCAUCAAAGGGACGAUGAACGGGGCCAUGUACCGUCAAAUCUUGGGUGAAAACCUCCUUCCCUCAGCCAGGGCAUUGAAAAUGGGUCGUGGAUGGGUAUUCCAGCAUGACAAUGACCCAAAACACACGGCCAAGGCAACAAAGGAGUGGCUCAAGAAGAAGCACAUUAAGGUCCUGGAGUGGCCUAGCCAGUCUCCAGACCUUAAUCCCAUAGAAAUUCUGUGGAGGUAGCUGAAGGUUCGAGUUGCCAAACGUCAGCCUCGAAACCUUAAUGACUUGGAGAAGAUCUGCAAAGAGGAGUGGGACAAAAUCCCUCCUGAGAUGUGUGCAAACCUGGUGGCCAACUACAAGAAACUUCUGACCUCUGUGAUUGCCAACAAGGGUUUUUAAACCAAGUACUAAGUCAUGUUUUGCAGAGGGGUCAAAUACUUAUUUCCCUCAUUAAAAUGCAAAUUAAUUUAUAACAUUUUUGACAUGCGUUUUUCUGGAUUUUUUUGUUGUUAUUCUGUCUCUCACUGUUCAAAUAAAUCUACCAUUAAAAUUAUAGACUGAUCAUUUCUUUGUCAGUGGGCAAACGUACAAAAUCAGCAGGGGAUCAAAUGCUUUUUUUCCCCUCACUGUAUAUAAUGCUAACACUUCCUCCAGUGUAGUUAACACUGACACUAAUGUAUCUAAUGCUAACACUUUUUCCUGUGUAGUUAACCCCGACUCCAGUGUAGCUAAUGCUAACACUUCCUCCUGUGUAGUUAACACUGACACUAAUGUAUCUAAUGCUAACACUUCCUCCUGUGUAGUUAACCCCGACUCCAGUGUAGCUAAUGCUAACACUUCCUCCUGUGUAGUUAACCCCGACUCCAGUGUAGCUAAUGCUACUUUUUUGCGCUAUGUGGAUUAGUGUGUAGUGUGUAUAUUACUAAUGUAAUGAGUGUAGAUCAUGAUAUUUACUCUGAAGAACAAAUCAAGUUUAUUGAUUCAUUGCAGUAUUUUAUGAACAUUAAAAAGUGAAACUGAACUAUAAAAUCUGAAGCCCAACCUUUGUGCAGGUUUAUUGUUUAUUUUUUAGGUUUAUUGUUGUUUUCUACUCAGCAGUUUUCACUGUACAUGUGGAGCAAUAAAAUCCUAAUUGAACUGGCAA